UAACAAGUGACAGGGGUCUCACUCCAUUAAUAAACAACCUUAUAAAGAGAGAGUUUGUGAGAUUAGAACAAAAUCUGGCAGGCCGCAGCCAGGGGUUUCAAUGGAUACCACACAAGAAAAACAGGAGGAAAAUGUAGAAAGUUGUGUGGAGGAGUCCAUUGUUGAGAGCCGGAAGAAUGACCGGAAAGGAAAACGUAUUGUCGAAGAGAAGGCGGAGAGGCUGAAGAAGGUCGAGGAUAAGAGGGCAAAAUGCUGCGUCGGGAAUGCUAUUUCACUCGCACUAAGAAGCUAUUUGAAAUUAAAGGACGUGGAUAUAAAAAUUGAAGAAGGAAUCAAAUACAUGGUGGAAAGAAAGCACAAAGAAGCAGCGCCAAUCACACGAGGCUUUUCGUCAAUUGAAACUGAGCUUAAUUGUUUGGACGGAAUUACAGAAACAACAAAGCUGGAAAGGGAAAAGAAUCUGCUGCUAAUCCUAAAGAGAUUUCAGUCACCAGAUGGUAGCCAUUCCAUCAUACUUGUGGCUGGUAGAUUGAGAUUGAAGAUUCUCUCUACAGAUUAUUUUUGCCUAUUCCGGGUGUUGGUGAGGAAAAUAUUAUUGACAAUAUGGGGAUUGAUAGAGGGCUGAAAGCAUUGGCCGAUGGCUGUCCAAAUUUUCGCAAAUUAGCUUUUAUUGGUGGAAGUGAGUUGGGAUUGUUGAGUGUGGCCGAGGAAUGUGAGACCUUGCAAGAACUUGAAUUGCACUAGUGUAAUGAUAAUCUGCUGAGAGGAAUUUGCUGCUUGUGAGAAUUUGCAAAUUCUGAAAUCUGAGUCCUUGUCCUGUUCUUGAGCGGUUGCAUUUGCAGAACUGUCAACUACGGGAUAAAAAGAGUGCUAAAGCAUUGUUUAUUACUGGUGGUGCUGUGAAGGAGAUUUUCAUCGGUGAUUGCUGGGGACUGGCGGAUGACUUAUUCAGCUUUGCAUGUCAUUGCUGGAACUAUUGGAGGAGUUCUGGCAAUUUUUGGAAUCUACUGAGGACACCAACUCGAACAAAAAGUGUCCCGCUUUCCUUUCCAAAGGGAGAAGGAUGUCAACGAAUCACACAUUGGAUGUUUGGACUUUCUCAACUACUUGUUUCUGGCGAAGCGGUACUCCCAUUGACUUUCUCUUAAUAUUAAUAAAAUAUGUUCUCUAAGUCUACUCUGAGUCGGGAAUUAAAAUGGUUAAGUAGAGAGAGACAGUUUGUGAGAGUAGAACAUAAUCUUGCAGCUCUCAGCCAGAGGUUUCAACGGAGACAAAAGAGGAGGAAAAUAAGAGGUAGGAAGAACAA